GAUGCGCGCAUUAAUUACUGCCUUAAUGGGAGUAUGACUAAAAAUGUAAAAACCGGAUUAGGAGCGCGUGGGGGUGGGGUUGCAUGGCGCGCCUAUACGUACGGUCUGUUCGCAUCACUUAAGAUGCGAAUGGAACAAGCGGUCUGUAUCAAACGAAACGAAUCUAUAAAGAACAUUUGCAUCCGAGGCAGCUGUUCACUUCUUCCGCACAUAAAUCCGCAACACGAUAGCACCCUGUCUGGCCCUAAAGGAGGCCACUGCGUCACUUUAAAAGGCAUUCGUGUCCCCCUUCUAGAAUUAAUAUUGUUUUACUAAUACUUUAAUUUAAAAAUUGUGUCUUCAUUCUAAUCAGCAAAAUGUUUUAAUUUCAUGAUUAUGGUAAAUGAGAAUGCUUAUUGACAUGUGCGCAGAUUCAGCUGUUUAUUUAGCGCUCGUGAUUGCAAAUAAAGUUUUUUUUGUUGACAUGUAUUGUUAAAAAGCCAAAAAUGUGCAUGCCUGCAUUUCUCUUUUAACUUUUGUAUUUUUAAAAGAUGCCUUAGGAUUUGUUAUUGGUGAAAACUGAGAGGCUCUGAGGUGCCCUACAGACGCAAACAUACACACCCCUUUCUGAGCGCACGCGCGCAAACACACGCACAAACACACGCGGCGUCCCUCUCUGAGCUCAAAAGCUGGAAAAAUUGCGCCACUCUUGGAGCGUCUUUGAAGGGAGGAAAAAGUUGUGGAAGACAGAAGAGGAAGAGUCGAGACGGGUGAACGCGCCUCCUUCGCUCCUGCUCAUUUCGAACUUAUUAUGCGCGUUGAUGAAACAAACCUGAAGGCAGCGCGUGCGCCUCGCUCCCUUUGAUUUCCUUUUUUCUGUUUGGAUACUCGGAGUGGGAGCACAUUCAUGCGACGGACAGAAACUUCAGCACUCCCGGACACCGAGGCGUGAACACAACUGCUGCUUUGAGUUCGGACUGUGGAGUGUAUUUCCUGUUUCCAACAAAUCAUAAUAAGACUGGGCAAAUCGAUUCCCGCCGGUGUCCGACAACUGAAUCGGUGACUCCACAUCUCUAUAAUGGAAUCCCACUGCCGCAAACUGGCCAACACCUGUGCGCAAAUAGAAAAAGAAAAAAUACAAAACAAAAACGACGACUCCUCGGACGACCCGUCCAAAAAGAAGAGGCAACGGCGGCAGAGGACUCACUUCACCAGCCAGCAGCUGCAGGAGCUGGAGGCCACUUUCCAACGGAAUCGCUAUCCGGACAUGAGCACGAGGGAGGAGAUAGCUGUGUGGACCAACCUCACAGAGGCCAGAGUCAGGGUUUGGUUCAAGAACCGGCGGGCCAAGUGGAGGAAGCGGGAGAGGAAUCAACAAGCCGAGCUGUGCAAGAACGGCUUCGGCCCACAGUUUAACGGACUCAUGCAGCCCUACGACGACAUGUACCCCAGCUAUACGUACAACAACUGGGCUGCCAAGGGCCUCACGUCCGCCUCCUUAUCCACCAAAAGCUUCCCCUUCUUCAACUCAAUGAAUGUCAACCCUUUAUCAUCGCAGACCAUGUUCUCACCGCCCAACUCCAUCUCCUCCAUGACCUCCAGCAUGGUGCCAUCUGCGGUCACGGGCGUGCCGGGAUCCAGCCUAAACAGCCUCAAUAACUUGAACAACCUCAGUAACCCUUCUCUCAACUCGGGGGUGCCCACGCCGGCGUGUCCCUACGCGCCCCCGACCCCUCCUUACGUGUACAGAGACACUUGCAACUCCAGCCUGGCCAGCCUGAGACUGAAAGCCAAGCAGCACUCGAGUUUUGGAUACGCUGGAGUGCAGAAUCCAGCCACCAAUCUGAGCGCGUGUCAGUACGCCGUGGACCGACCGGUCUAAUACCUGCACUGCAAAAAAUAUCCACCGUGGCGAGAUGUGACAGGCUACAAGAGUGGCGUUGAGGGAUUUUAUUUAAUUAUUCCUCUGGGUUGGAGAGAGGAAUACAGAAGUGGAGAGCCCAGACGUUUUAAGAAUUUCUGAUUUUUCCUCCUAAACUCCACAUAGGCCACAAAUAUUCCAAAUUACAAUUUGUCAGAUUAUCCUUUUUUGUGCACCCAUCGUUUAUUUCAAAGAGGAAUUUACAUUUCGGUGGUUAAACGGCUUGUUAUGGUGGUUAUUUUUUGCAGUGUGUGAUAAUUGAAAACAGCCGUCCACAGGAACAAGAGACUACUACAGCUACUUUUGUCUUUUUUAAAAGGGCACUAGAAGACUGCACCACAGAGACAAGCUCCACUCCUCCUCGGAGUUUUCUCAUUUUGUUGUAUUCCUCUUUUAGCAUCGGCCUGUUUCACAUUCAGAAAAAAGAAGCUUGUUAGUUCGUCAUAAAGGGGUUUUUAUGGAUUUUGAACGUGAACUGUUGACUGAAAAGGUUGUGUAUAUAUUUAAAUCAUCAUCUCCUGUUUGUUGAAGCGCUUCUAACCCCUCCCGUCCUUUUCAGGUUCAAUUUAUCAACGCAUGUGGAAAAUAAUAAUGAUAAUAAUAAUAAUAUUAAUAAUAAUGAUGAUGAUGAUGACGAUAAACGCUAAAAAUGAAUCUUGUUUUGCUUGCAAACAAAAAGGGAAUGUACAUACUAAAACGCACCAGUUGUGUGUUUCUAACAUAUUAUAAAUUUAUUAUUAAUGUCUGUGUGAAUAUCGAUUUUAGAAUAGCAAUUCUGGAUUAAAAACGCAUCCAAUUCUGAGACUUUUUUCUUUUUCUCUCUCUCUCUGUGUAUAGGUAUUUGGUACGGAAUUCUGUUCUUUUUUCCCAACAUCCAAAAAAAUAUUGUGUUUUAUUUAAUGGAAGUAAAUAUAAUGUUCAAAAAACAAA